CAGCUGACCUACCUUGCAUUCUAGAUCGCUCUCAAUACCCCUGUCCGACUCGCUAAACUUUGGCGUGAUGCUUGCACUCCCUUUACCGGACUGACACAAAACAGUUUGAGCAUGUUGGUGCAAGUUAUCGAGAUACGAAGAAAGUGCGUAGCCAUCUUCGACAAGAAAGUUUUCUGGUCGAUAUCGCGGUGAGAGAUCACGGCAUGCGGUAGCUUGGGCCCGGGAUUAGGGUUAGGCUCGAGCUUUUCAGGGAGAUAACUUGUAUGAUCACAAUCGCAUCCACCGUUGGUCCGUUAUCCAUCGUCGGGCCUGCAAUCAUCAGACGGAAUCUGAAGCUUUUUACUACGUAUACUAUGCUUGCCGCCAAAGUCAUCAGUAAAGAGCCUCUGGAUAACAAAGACGCGAAAUGGAUCCAUCUCAAGAAGAUCCACUACACUGAUCAAGACGGAAAACACAGACUUUGGGAAUCUGCCGAACGCACAACUCGCAAGGACUCUGGAAUAGAUGACCAAUGCUUUCCCCUCUCGACGGUCAUUAUAGAGCAAUACCGUCCUCCUCUCGACAACAUCGUCAUUGAACUUCCUGCUGGCCUCGUUGAUGCAGGCGAGACGGCUGAGGCAGCAGCCAUUCGAGAAUUGAAGGAGGAGACAGGAUACGAGGCCGAUGUGACCACCGAACCUGAGUCCUCACCGAUCGUUGUCAGUGACCCAGGGAUGACCAAUGCCAACAUGAAACUCGUGGUUGUAAGUGUCCUCCUAGAAGAUAAACUCGAAACACCUACCCCACAUCUUGAUGAUGGUGAACAUAUUAUCACCCGCGUCGUAGAGCUAGACCAACUCGUUAGCGAGCUCAAAGUGGAUGCUAAGCUCUCUCACUUUGCAGCUGGUUAUGCAAUGGCGAAGAGGAUCAGCAGUGGCGCAUUCCCCUGAGAUUGCUAAGGCAGGUCCUGACAUAUAUGAUAUCCCAAGAUGGAGUCGAAUGAAAAGAAAAAU